CAAAGAGUGGAUAGACACCGUCCCCGCCUCCGAUCGUCAAUGCUUCACGUUGGCUCCCGACCAAUAGAAUGAUAUUCUCAGGGAGGCGUUCAUCCAUCGAAGCCAUUUUUGUUUCCUUGUAAGUUUCAAGGUUUUGUUCUUAGUUCUUACUGAUAAUGGUGAGCAGCUGCUUUAUAUUCAGUUUUAUCUUGUAGGGAAAAGUAAGAAAAAAGCAUUAUUCGCGGAACUGAGUAUGCAACUCUGUUGCCGACAGCGCUAUAUGAGCGCGCCUGUGAAGAGUAUUGAUAAAUAAAAUAAAGAGAAAAUAAUGUAAAAUCACGGAAGACUUGAUAAAUACCAGAAGAGCCUUGGGAUCUCGUUUAUAUAACCACGUAAUUUAACUUGCCCUGAGCUCCAGCCACUAUAUUAAAAACCCAUUUUUUUUCCAGAUAAAUGCUGUCUAUUUAAAAAGUAAAUGACCAGGAUACGGUUUGAGACGAAGUUAAAACAGUUUGUUGUGCUCCUUCAUAUGUCUUUUUCAGAAACAGGAAGAAAAUCCAGAUGCAUCUUCCAAACCAAAUAUUGUAAAACAUUUUUUUAAUUGAUUGCCCUCCCAGUAAAAAGAGUUUCUUUGACAGAAACCGCAUGUUUUCGAGCCUACAAGAAAAUACUCUAUUUGAAGUAUCCUUAAAACUGGAAGAGUCCGAACAAACUCCCGGAAGGUGAAGCUGAUAAGAAGCAAAUAGGCUGAUAAGAUGGGCGGAGCAAAAAUCAGGACCCUCCCUCUUGAAGUUUUCACUCAAGUCCGAUUCCGUGCUAUAAAAUCCGGCCGCGGCGCUUCGAUUUUCAAACGUUCUGUUUUUGCGCAGUGUGUGGGAGAAAGAUCUUGCCUGAAGCAUGUCUGGCCGUGGAAAGGGAGGCAAAGGUCUUGGUAAAGGGGGAGCCAAGCGGCACCGGAAGGUUCUUCGGGAUAAUAUUCAAGGCAUCACUAAGCCAGCUAUUCGGCGUUUGGCUCGUCGCGGGGGUGUGAAACGUAUUUCUGGCUUGAUCUACGAGGAGACCCGCGGAGUCUUGAAGGUUUUUCUAGAGAACGUGAUCCGAGAUGCUGUGACAUACACUGAGCACGCCAAGAGGAAGACGGUGACGGCCAUGGAUGUGGUCUACGCCUUGAAACGCCAGGGCCGUACUCUGUACGGGUUUGGUGGCUAAUUUCCCCGUUCCUGCUUUUCCCAUAAACUCAAAAGGCUCUUUUCAGAGCCGCCCAUGUUUUCCAAAAAAGAGCUGUGUUGCUAUCUACU